CAUCCUGUUUUUCUUUUGAAUCGAUGAUGUUAUUAAAUUACGGAAAGAAUGAAACAUGCUUUAUGCCAUCGAUGACUAUCAAAUCAUUGUCAUAUAUGGGCUUACCAUUUACUGGCACUUUUGAAAAAUGGACGAUAAAGACGGUGCGCAAGAGAGUAAAAAUUGUUUUCAAGGAUUUUCGUAUCCCAUGUAGAAAAGAUGGAUUAGAUUCGGAGUUCAUUAUAAUCGAUCCAUACGUACAGCAAUAUUGUAAUUUAAACAGGCCACCUGAUGUGUUGUAUUCCCGGUCUGAUACCGUAAUUGUCACAUUUAGAAAAAAUGACGACACCCCAAAUCCGUUUUAUACGGUUGGCUUUUGGCUCGAGUAUUUCGUUGAAGAAGUCUCGUUAGAAAAUCUGAUAGAUGUACAAUCAAACGCAUCACUUUUGACUAACGUUGCAUUCCGGAAACCCGCCUUUAUGUCAAGUUUUGAGGACUAUGAACCUUCAAAGCCAGAAUAUGGAAACGAUGGUGAUAUCAGUAUGUUUGAAACGAAAUAUUCCGAUCCCCGGUGGUGGAUGGUAGACCUCGCAGAUAUUUACAAAAUUCACUUUGUCGUUUUAGUAUCCAGACUAGAUACCUCGUCCGACAAACAUAGGGAAGCUCAACGAAAUAUAGAGAUUUCUACAGGAUUUGAUAAGGACUCAUUAAAACUAACGUUCUUCCAUUGUGGGACAAAGAAGGAGUAUGAGACUAUACCAUUUCAUAAUAUACACACCCGCUACGUCAAACUGUCCCUGGUUUAUUUAAGGUACACUAAAUUUAGAGUGAGCGAAGUUGAGGUAUACGGUGUUUUAGACAGAAUCAUCGACCAGGAAAGAAUAAAUUAUCACCGAAAUCGCACACACGAUAAAAUUAUGUGGUUUGAUGUCAACAGAAGCAUCCAUCAAUCUCGAUAUAAUUUAUGUGAAAAGCCGGAUAUAAAAAAUUCGGAGUACAGUAGUUGGUCAGCUUGGAAAAACUGCUCUGCAGUUUGUGGAGUAGGGACGAGAAAGCGUACAAGACAUUGCAUCCUUAAUGAAACCAGAUAUUGUUUAAGAGAUGACAUUGGUCUUCAGAAAUGUGUAGGGGCUGGAAAUUGUCCAGUUUGUGUCUUCAAAUUUAAGAAAUGCUAUAGCUUUUUUCCCGAGUUGACAACUUGGAAAAAUGCCCACACUGAAUGUUGGAGACGAUAUAUGGCACUCGUAUCUAUAAAUUCUUUAGAAGAACUUCAGUUUGUCAAGUAUAAAUUACGGGAGAAACGGUAUUUAGAUAUGUCUGGAGAAAUUCAAGUCAUAUCAGAAAAAAUGAAUGCCAGCUUUUAUGCCCAUAUCGGGCUUCACAGACGGAAUACAUCCUUUAUCAACAAUCAAUUUCUCUGGAACGAUCUCUCAAAAGUUAUAUAUAAUGCAUGGAAACAAGGAGAACCUACUGGGGGAGACUGUGUUAGAAUGAACUACCAGUUUUAUGAACCAAACAAUACUUGGGAGGCCGAAGACUGUUUGCAAACUCUUGCAGAUUAUUUUGUCUGUGAAACAGCUAUAGAAAAUGAAGCUGACGUUUCGGCAAUAUCAGAAAACAAUGUACGAUAUCAGAAAUAUAGCAGCAAUGACUGGAAAAUAGUGAAUGAACAGAUACGCACAGGCGAUUACCGUGGAACUUUAAAUACGAGUCAAAAAGGCGAAGAUUGUUCACCAUGGCCUAGAUCUACAAAGUAUAAAUCCAUGGAAGAAAAUUUUUGUCGGGACCCACUUGAACUUGGUGAACUUGUGUGUUUCACAGACACCGGCCAACUAAGCUUUUGUCCUUUUAUACUGCCUGAAAUGGAAGAGCCAAGUUUCUCUGUUCUUACAUACAUCGGGACGUUGGAUACUACAUACAGAGGUAGAACAUGUAGGAGAUGGGAUUCUACAAUAUUUCUUUACAGAGAUGUAGAUUUUCGAAGUGAAAAUGUAUCAAUCGUAUCGAAUUAUUGCAGAGAUCCUUUCAACUAUGGUUAUCUUUGGUGCCACACAUCGGAUCCUAUUUUUCCGACUGAACCGUGCUUGACGACAGACAACUGGACGGGUAGAUGUGCUAAUAAAACCUCAAGAUAUAACGGAUAUAAGAAUACCACAUACUCAGGAAAUGAAUGUAAAAAUUGGACCAGUCCUAGAUCAUUCCUUGAUGAUAGGAAAGAUCAACAAUUUAUCAUCAAAGAGUGGUUAGAUGAUAAUUAUUGCCGAGAUCCUUUCAAUAACGGAUAUGUCUGGUGUUACACUGGUGAGACGAAUGCCGAAUGGGAACCUUGCGAUAUAACAGGCAAAUAUGUUAAAUAAUUAAACCAUUAACAUAAAGUUUAUGGAUGGGUGGGGGGGGAUAAGCAGAAAGAAGUAAAUACGUAAUCGUGAUAGUACCGUUAAGAUUGCUUUCCAAAAUUGAUUUAAUAUUAAAAUUUAUUAAUCUUGACCGUGAUUUUUUG